AUGCUGAUCUCCUGCGUGUUCAUCCUCGCAACAGUCAGCGUGUACUUAUGGCUGCCGGAGUUGCGCAACCUGCAUGGACGCGUGCUGAUCACGUAUCUUCUAUGCCUGUUCGUGGGCUUCCUCGUGCUCGCCAUCAUGCAGGCCCUGCUUAUGGCUAAUGACAUCACACCGGACACUUGCCUCGCUAUGACUUUCGUCAUCUACUUCUUCCUAUUGUCCGCCUUCUUCUGGAUGAACGUGAUGUCCUUCGAUAUUUGGUGGACGUUCAGUGGUAAACGAGGGCUGUCCUUGGAGAAGUUGUCAACACGCGCACGAUUCUGCGCAUACGCAACGUACGCGUUCGGCGUGCCGACUGCGUUGACUGUCACCAUGGCUGCGCUCGAAUUCUCCGGCCUUCCUGCUCAUCCUUUGCUGCCCAACAUUAAGCAACAAGGAUGUUUCUUGUUUGGAAAGAGCAGAUUGUUAUAUUUGUACUUGCCCAUGUUACUGCUGUGCGUGGCGAACUUGGUAUUCUUCAUUUUAACGGCUGUCAAGAUAGCUCAAAUCAAGCAUCAGACUUCCGUGCUUAAGUCGAAGGAGAGUUCCAUGCACGAUCAGCACCGAAAUGAUAAACAGAGACUCACUCUUUACAUCAAGCUUUUCAUCGUGAUGGGUGUCAACUGGAUCCUCGAAGUUGUCAGUGCGCUAUAUCCUCAGCACGCUCACAUUUGGCGCUACAUGGAUGCGUACAACGUGCUCAUUGGCCUGAUCAUCUUCAUAAUUUUCGUCUGCAAGCGUAAGAUCUUCAGACUUAUGAAGAAAAGAUACUUGCAGUUGCGUGGUGGCCCAAUGUCCCGCACACAGACCGCGUCUUCCCGCACCGUAUCCAGCCGAGACGACAUACGAAUGAGCUCUAUCAAAAACAAUAACUGAAUUUGGUCAACGCUUUUCUCAACUAGCGACCUGGGUUCGAUUCCGAAAAGAAAGCAUGUCUCCGUGACAGCAAAGUUGUAAGAGUGGAAGUCCAUUGUCGUUUGUAGACUUAUAAAAGUUAGACGAGUAGCAAAAUUAGAUAGAUGUUCGUGUUGCUUGGAUUAUUUAUAGGUAGAUAGUCUAUAACGUUUCCUUGAUGAUUAAACCACCAGUACUGGAGGCCUAUCAUAACCUUUCAAAAAACAAUAUUAUUUCAAAGUAAGAUUAAAGUAAGCUUAUUAUAAUAUUACUUAUAUUCGUA